UCUAAACUCGACAAGUGACUGGAGUUUUGCACACCAAAAAAACACUUUUUAAUACUUUUUUCUCAAAAAUUAGCCUUUCUAAUGCAACAAAAUGAGCAGCGAAGAACUUUUCUACUCCUGCCGAACUGGAGAUUUGGAGUCUUUGAGGAAUUUGGUGGAAGAAACAGAAGUAGAACUAAAUGUGAGAGAUCAAUGGGACAGCACUCCACUUUACUAUGCAUGCCUUUGUGGCCAUGAAAACUUAGUGGAGUUCCUAUUGGCUAAAGGUGCAAGAUGUGAGCCCCAUACAUUUGAUGGAGAAAGAUGCAUUUAUGCUGCCCUUACAAAUCGCAUCAGGAAGCUGCUCAAAGAAUACAAGGCCAUAACUCCUGAUUGUAUGAGACGGGACUCGUACAGGGAGUUUUUUAGAAGAUGCCUUCAAGUACAAGACUUUGUGGAUGUGUGUUUUAUAGUUCAUGGCGUUAAGAUUCACGCCCAUCAAGUGAUUUUAUCUGCUCGUUCAAGUUACUUUGCCGACAUGUUUCAGACCAAAUGGAAAGGGAGGUCUGUCAUCCGUCUUAACCAUCCACUGGUCGCUCCAUGGGCUUUUCAAUCCAUUUUACAGUACUUAUACACUGAUCGCCUUUGCGUAGAAGUCUCAAGAUCCGAGGAGUGCAUUUUGCUCGCAAAACAGUGCAAGCUGAUUAAACUGAAGGAGACGUUGGAGUCCCGACUGUCCAUGAUAGAGUCAUUUGGAUUGUCCAAGCCGGGAACUAAAGCCAUCAAAGUAAUCAACGUCGAGCCUGACUCUACGUCUGAAGAGUUUCAAGAAUCGUACAGCGCCUUGGUUGAAGCUGUGGUCCCUUUACCUUUCAGGCUUAAGCAAUUUCCAAGUGGGAUAUUUUGUGACAGCCCAGUUGAAGAAAUAGAAGUCUUUCUCCCAUUUAUGGAAAACUGGCCAUACGAUGACGUCACUCUUCCAGACGACAAGCCUCCUUUUACUGACAUUUGCUUUGUUGUUGAGGAAUUUAGGUUUUAUGCUCACAAGGUUUUCAUGUGUGGUCGCAGUGAUUAUUUCAAAGCACUACUUCAUGAUCAUUUCUCUGAAGCUGUAUUACCGGAAGGGUGCACACCGGAAGUGACGUUGCACGACGUCAAUGCUGAAGUCUUCGCUACUGUAGUGGCCUUCAUUUACCGAGACUCAGCAGAGAUAACCAUGGAAACAGCCUUCAACGUGCUAUGCGCAGCGGACCUCUACUUAUUGAACGGUCUAAAACGAAUAUGCGCCAAUCAGAUCAGCAAGUACCUUGAUGUUGAUAACGUCAUUUCCAUACUGAGGACCGCGCGGCUGUUUUCGCUAGAGAGCUUGGAAUCCAAUUGCAGUUCGUUUCUGGCUUGUCAUUUAGAUAAG